CUCUGAUAAAGUUUGGCGGCUGUCUACCACUAUGUUAUAGGUUAAAUAUGAGUGAACGGUAAAAACAGUUUGUUCUUGUUCAAUUUAUAAACAAAUUAUUAAGAAUUAAUCAAAGGAAAACGAGUACCGUGUACAAAAUAUACCAUAUUUCGUAAGAAAACAUGGGUGUACCUGCAUUUUUUCGGUGGUUGAGUCGGAAGUACCCUUCUGUGAUUGUUGAAUGCAUUGAGCAAAAGUCAAUAAGUACAAAUGGCGUACAUGUACCUGUUAAUUCAGCCGAUCCAAAUCCAAAUGGAAUAGAAUUUGAUAAUUUGUAUCUUGAUAUGAAUGGUAUUAUACAUCCUUGUACUCAUCCAGAGGAUAAACCAGCACCAAAAAAUGAAGAUGAAAUGAUGGAAGCUAUUUUUGAAUGUAUCGAUCGUCUGUUUCGUAUUGUAAGGCCAAGGAAGUUACUUUAUAUGGCAAUUGAUGGAGUUGCACCUAGAGCAAAAAUGAAUCAACAAAGAUCAAGACGAUUUAGAGCAUCCAAAGAAACCUGUGAAAAAAUAAAUGAGAUACAAAGAAUACGUUCUGAAUUAGCUCUUAAAGGGGCUUCAUUACCACCAGAGAAACCUAAAGAAGAGCAUUUUGAUAGCAACUGUAUUACACCUGGUACACCAUUCAUGGCAAGAUUAUCAAAAUGUUUACAUUACUAUAUUCAUGAUCGCUUAAAUAAUGAUCCUGGCUGGAGAAAUAUAAAGGUGAUUUUGAGCGAUGCAAACGUACCGGGUGAAGGAGAACAUAAAAUAAUGGAUUUUAUACGUAGACAAAGAGCACAACCCGAUCACGAUCCUAACACCCAGCAUGUUUUGUGCGGAGCAGAUGCCGAUUUAAUUAUGUUGGGUCUUGCAACACAUGAACCUAAUUUUACUAUUAUUCGUGAAGAAUUUAAACCAAAUAAACCAAGACCAUGCGACAUAUGUGGUCAGUUAGGGCAUGAUAUGAAAGAGUGUACUGGAGCAGAGGCUAAUCCAAAAGAAGAAGAAAAUGCGUUUGGAUCUGAAUGCCAGUUCAUAUUUGUGCGAUUAAACGUACUCAGGGAAUAUUUAGAAAGAGAGUUGCAAAUGCCUAAUCUACCAUUUAAGUACGAUUUCGAACGAGCUAUCGAUGAUUGGGUGUUCAUGUGUUUCUUCGUAGGAAAUGAUUUUCUUCCUCACCUCCCAUCAUUGGAGAUUAGAGAAGGGGCUAUCGAUAGACUUGUUAAUCUAUACAAAAAGACAGUAUAUAAAACAGGAGGAUUCUUAACAGAUAGCGGUGAUGUGAAUUUAGACAGAGUUCAACUGAUAAUGUCCGAACUUGGUGACGUUGAAGAUGAAAUUUUCAAAAAAAGGCAACAGAAUGAAUUAGCUUAUAAACAGCGUGAAAAGGACAAAAAACGAAGGUUAUUAGGCGUCGGUAAUAACAAACCAAAGUGGAUUCCUACAGGACAGUUUGCGCCUACACCUUUGGGAGGACAAAUUAAGCCGGUAGAAAAUGCACGUUACGAAGCUUAUCAGAUGCGUGUUAUGGGCAGAAGUUAUCAUUCAUCAGCUUCUGACAAGACAAAAGGGAAUAGUAAGGAACUAUUGGAAAGUAUGAUGCGGCCAGAGGACUCGUCUAAUCAAGGAAAGAAGCGAAAAAUUGACGAGGCUGAGGAGGAUGCUUCAGACGAUGAUCAAGCGCACGACGAAGUCAGAUUAUGGGAAGCUGGUUUCAAAGAUCGUUAUUACGAAUCAAAAUUUGACGUGUCUCCUGAUAAUUUGGCAUUCAGAAAUAACGUAGCCCUACAGUACGUUCGCGGUUUAUGUUGGGUUUUACGAUAUUAUUAUCAAGGAUGCGCAUCAUGGAAAUGGUAUUUUCCAUAUCAUUAUGCUCCAUUUGCCAGCGAUUUCAUUAAUAUAGGUGGACUUUCUACGGAAUUUGAAAAAGGAACCAUACCGUUCCGUCCAUUAGAACAAUUGAUGGGCGUGUUUCCAGCAGCUAGUAGUAAACACGUUCCCGAGCCAUGGGCAAAAUUAAUGAGCGAUCCAAAAUCAACGAUUAUCGACUUUUAUCCCGAAGACUUUAAGAUAGACUUAAAUGGUAAGAAGUUUGCUUGGCAGGGAGUAGCUUUGCUUCCCUUUGUGGACGAGAAAAGAUUGUUCAAGGCUUUGGAGCCAUACUAUGACUGUCUAUCAGAAGCAGAAAAAAAACGCAAUGUCAGAGGUGACGAUCGGCUAUACGUUGGGCUCGGUAAUAGCGGUUAUAAUUUUAUCAAAGGACUUUAUACGAAUCAGGUGGGAUUCGACGUAGAGACUUCGAUAUCUAUAGACGGCAUGCGAGGCACAGUAUUGUUGGCAGAAGACUGUGUUGGCGAUGGAUCAACGUUACCGUCACCCAUAAACGGACUACCGGUCAGGAAUAACAAAGUAUAUUGUAUCCGAUUCAGAGAUCCAAAGUAUGGCAGUAAUUUCAUUUUCCCCGCGAAGAGGUUGAAGGGUGUAAGGGAACCACCGAGAGUUUUAAAACCACAGGACUUCGAUCAAAUGAAUCGCAAUACCGGACACACAUGGAAGCCUCAGAUUGGUUUCACACCUUCUACGCAAACCGCUACGUUAAGUGAUGCAGGACGAAGAAUACUCGGACAUUACACAAAUCAUAACAGAGUACCUCCACCGUAUGGACCUAGUUCAGUACCGCAGAGCACAUACGCGGCGUAUCAGGGUUACCAGAGCAGCGAUUAUCAAGGAGGAUACGAGAGCGCCAGUUCCAGUCAAGUUUCACUGAUGUCCGGACCAUGGGCGAGGGGAUACGGUACACCUCCUAAUUACCAGCGUUUUCCAGAGUACCAGCAGAGGAAUAACUACAGUGCUCAACAGUAUGGAAGGAACCAGUACCAGAAUCAACAACAGUACAACAACUACGGGUCCCAGCAGUACAAUCAGCAACGGAAUUAUUCCUCUAAUUACCAAGGGAACAGCAGCAGUGGAAGUGGCGGGAACCGAGGAGGGUGGAGACGGUAGACUGUAGACGUGUUUCUCUGUGUUCACUUACGUUUGACUAAUGCCAUCACGAGACCCAUUCAUCGGUCUUCGUUAUCUUCGUUAUCUGAAAUCGAAAAGAAAGAGAAUUAGGACAUUUUCUGGAUAAUCACACCUGAUUUUUUAUUUUUAUUUACACUGUACCUAUAUAAUUUAGGUACGAUCCUGGAUGAGGUGGAGUCAGGUAGCUCUCACCUUUUCUUUUUUUUUUCAAUGAGCCACAAAAUGGCAUCCACAGUUUUAUUUUAAAAAGUCUCCUGAACGUCAGCUCACCAGUUAAAGCAUUACAAACGUGCAAUAGUGGCAAACGUGAUGGCAAUUAUUAUUUACGAGCCAGUGACGUAAAGGUAUAUCAAGUGUAAUUUUAUAUGAACUGCAUUGUAAAAGAAAAAAAAAAAAAGAAUUUGUAUGAUAUUAAAUGGUAUCGCAAAAGGUUGUUCCUCGACUGCGACAGAACACAGGCAAGAGAAGCAACGUUCGAGCGAGCACAAUCUGUUAAUGGGAAUGUAAUUGUAUACUUUACGUGAACGAUCGUGAAUUAAAAAAGAUCAUGUUACACGAGUUAUUAGCAUAAUUUAAGUAGAUGAUCAGUCGAGAUAUAUGUAACUCGCUUUUCUAUUUCUUAUAAAGUUUUCUUCUUUUUUUUUUUUUAAUUAUAUAACAUAAUGAAUCGUAACUUUCAUUCGGUGUUGGUAGAACAGUUGAUUGGUAUUCUGAGUUACAGUGUCGUCGUGGAUACCAUCACCAGUUGUAAUACAGAGUAUUCUUUUAAACAACAUCGAUUGCCGUUCUUUACCUUCAAUUAUUCGUCAUUCCUAUCGCCAUUGGAACAAUUGGAGCUUUGCCAGAGGAAGAGAUAGAAUUGUUAAUACGAUGAUUUAAUAUAGAGAUUCCUCUUACAAAAUUUCAUUAGUUACCGAACGUUUCUUUCCCAUCAACGUCUUGAUUGUACCUCAAACUUGUUCGUACAUAUCAUCACUGCACAAUCGAUCAAAAAGGUGACAAGCAUAAUAAUUUCCAUUGUAUUCGCAGCUUUCUCGCGUUACACGCGGAGACUUUCAUAUUGUACGCACUUAAAAUGAUAAAAAAAAAUAUAAUUUAGUUGGUUGCAGA